AUGGUGCUGGACUCGCUUGUUGGGAAAACGGAGAGCCACGACGCGGCCUACUACCCCACACAGCCAAAUUUGCGAAAACUGACCAGCCUAAUUCUACGCCACUACGACAAGGUGAAGCAACCAGCGGUUGAAAAGAUUACGACGGCGAUACGGCAGGCGCUAAAUGAUACGACUGAGCGUGAAUUUAGUCCGGACACCGAAAUGCUACUCCGCGAGCUGGCCAUGCUUUUGAAGGACGAAUGGACGCCUGCAGAUGCGGAUUGGAUCAGAAAUCGUUUAGCUGACGACACACCGGAAGUCCUCCCGGCUGCCCUUCGAUUGUGUAAAAAACUGGAACCCAGGACGGCCCAGGCCGAGAUUUUCGCGCCCGUCUUCGCCCUGUUGCUCCAGUCUUCAGAUGCGGCGGUUCGGGAAGAGGCCAGUGUGGCCCUUGGCCAUUUCGUCGACUCUAACGCAGCGCUGAACCCUGCGAUCACUUGGCGGCUGUUUGCGGAAGACUAUCCAAAUUUACGAAAUCAACUUGUCCCUGUUCAAGAAACUGCAGACGUUGAAGCGGAUGAAAAAGCGAAAUUGUUCGACGCGUGUACGGUGAACGCUUACGCGGAAACGCAGCUAUUUUCCGACUUCGCCGCCACCAAAAACGCACUCAAAAUAGCCGACUCGUCGAAAUUAUCUGUU